ACGACUUCAGCAGGAAGCUUAAAUCAUUUCACCGCAAGGUGUUAUGCGACAAGGCGUUUCCAGGAUUUGUGAUCAUUAGAGUCGAAGAGGAAUUCGAUCAGAAUCUUCGAAGUUGAAUAUGUUUCUGAAGUGAUUGACUUUGAUCUACGAGUCUCUAUAUUCCCUGAACUUGGAUCAGUGGUCAGUAUGUCAGGUUCAGGGGCAUUUGCACGGCAGGUUGUUCUUCGGAAUGUGGAGCAGACCAUCGUGACACCUGCUCCGGUGGAGGUGGAAGACGGUGCCGAGAAGCAUCCCGAGAGCUGGAACGCAUCUCUGUUUGACCUGUUCAACAUUGAUGCAUUUUUACCGAUCCUCUUUCUGUACGACCUUGAUUAUUCAGAGGAAGAAGCCUACAGGAAACUGAUUGAUGAUCUCAAAUCUUCCUUGAGCAAGGUCCUGGUCCCCUUCUAUCCUAUCGCAGGACGAUGGAGAGUUAACACCGAUCCCACCAUUGUGCGCACACUUUACUGCAACGAUGCAGGGGUUCCGUUUGUUGAAGCUUUCUGUGACGAGGAUUUGGAAUCUGUAGUGAAGAUCGACACGGAAGGAUACAAGCCGCUGUUCCAGCUUUCAGGCUACGAGGCUCUAGGAUUUGAUCCUCAGAAGAUUCAUCAGAGUAUUGAGCCUGAGCUGCCAUCGUUGAUUGUUCAGGUAACUCGGUUCGCUUGUGGAUCGGUCGUUCUGGGAACAACUUUCAAUCACACGACAUCAGAUGGGAAGGCGGCGUACGAUUUUCUGCAGGCUUGGUCGCAAAUCGCGCGCGAGGGUAGUACAACGAUCGUCCCAGAUCACGAUCGCUCAGUUGCAUUUUCGCUCUCCGAGCUCUACGCCGCCAUCAGUCAGCAACCGCAACCGAGUGAGAGCUCCAUAGCUGAGGGUGUGGAAACGCCGGAAGAAAAUGGUGCCAGUGCAGAAGCCGUGGAGGAGGCAGUGGAGGGCGUAACGAACGCGCUGGCCAGCACUCACACGACGGAAGACUCGGCUCCAACAAUGUCAGCGGACUCGGAGGCGCCGCCGGCGGCGGCGGCUGACGGCGACUCGCCAGCAGCUGCGACUCGGGACCCCGGAGUAGGCUUCAUGCUCAACGAAGUGGUGCCCGUGAUGACGAAGCUGUUCAAUGUCAAGAAAGAUGUCAUCGAUAAUUUGAAGGCCCAAGCCAAAACAGAGCUCUCCUCCGGAGACGAAGAGCUGACGACUGUCGAUUGCAUCUCGGCGCUCUUGUGGCGUUGCAUUUCGAGGCUUCCUGCAAAGCACGGCGGCACCUCUCAUACUCGAGCCAUGAGCGCAAUCGAAGGCAGGCUCAAGUUCUCGGACCCACCUCUUCCCCCAAAUUACUCCGGCAAUGUCAUCAUGCUCGCUCCUUAUCCCGAAGUCUCCCCGGACGAGCUGCUGAGCAAACCGCACUCAUUCGCAGCGCAAAAGGUUCACAGGACGGUGAGGGCAGUGAAUCAUGACAGUAUUCUGCCAGUCCUCAUGUCCAUGACUCAGAUCAUGAAUGAUUACCAACGGAGCGUUCUGCGCUUCUGCUCCUUCACUUCGUGGUUCCGAUUUCCCACCUACGACAUAGACUUCGGAUUCGGUGCUCCAUACUUUGUGGCCCCGAAUUUGCUUUGCGACUGGUUGUCUCUGGGCAAUACUGUCAUUCUCCCUCCGAUUCCGGACUCUGGCGCUGAGGCGACGAUCCUCGUGAGACUCGUCCCCGAAGCCAUGUCUGAUCUUCUUACAGAUCGGGAGUUUCUGUCAUUUGCCUUCGACUUGUCCUUCAAGCAGUAGCCUCUGGGAUCUGACAUUUCGGUAGCGCCGUCGACCUUCGUGUUAGAGAUCGUCUGCCACUGGCAACGUAGAGGUCGUUUGCUGAGCACAUUUCUCAGCCCAUCUGGUUUCGGAAGAGAGCCACAGAGCUCUUGGCGAGAAAUGACAUAUUACUCUUCUCUCAUUUCCUCAACGCCGCGAUCCUGGUAUUCUCACUUCCAAAAUUUGGAGGAGAUAUCUGCCAAUUUUAUAUUUCUCAAGACCAGGAAGUACCGAAAGCAUUGUGGGAAGUCGUGGGAGAAAGACAACACACGAUGUCGUUCUACAUUUUGUGCAGGACUUGUGGUUGUUUGUAGAGAGGUGCAUGAUGCAAGCGACCAUCGCGCAUCAUUGUCACAGAGAUUUUCCGGUAUGACGGAUCACAUCUCUUGUCGAUAUUGUCUCAUCUCCCAAUCCACUGUCUGCCAUAAAUACGAAUAAGUACUCAGUAUCUCUUGCAGAUAAAUUCUUGGUAGAUCCUGCUACAAAUCGCACUGCUACUGGAAAUGCAAACACCAUAAUAAUUUGUAAUUGCAUCUGAAUCUGUAGCGCUUUUGAAGAACAAAGUCGAACACAUGCGGAGUUUCAUC